AUGCCUUCCCCUUGGAAAGAUGAGCUACGCCUCUUCACGCCCGUUGGUAUGUUGGGAUAUGGCUAUAACCACGACAUAUUCUGGUCGACCAUCGCGGAAGGCGUUGACGCCAUCAUUGCCGACUCAGGCUCAACAGACAGCGGGCCAUCCAAGCUUGCGCUGGGAACAAUGUCUUGCCCCAGAGAAGCAUAUCAGCAUGACCUAGAGCCAUUCAUUGCCGCGGCUCAUUCGCACCGAGUCCCUGUUCUCAUCGGCAGCGCUGGGGGAGACGGAUCCAACGCCCAUGUUGACGUGUUUGCUGAUAUCAUUCAAGAGAUCAUCAAGAAGAACGGUUUUCGGCCAAUGAAGCUGGUCAAGAUAUAUUCAGAAAUCGACAAAGAGGUGGUCCAAAACGCUCUUUCCGCCAAUGCAGUCGCACCAUGUGGUUCUGCCGUACCACCUCUACAAGAGAAGGAUAUCAAUGAUGCUUCCCUUGUUGUUGCACAGAUGGGAUUGGAGCCCUACACAAAGGCCAUGGAAGAGUUUCCAGAUUUCGAUAUCAUCAUUGGCGGCCGCACUUAUGAUCCAUCACCAUACGCUGCAUUCUGCAUACAUAAAGGUUUUGACGACUUGGGCAUCGCAUAUCACAUGGGCAAAAUACUGGAAUGUGGCGCGCUUUGUGCAAAGCCAAAGAGCAGAGAAGCAAUGGCAUUCGUCAGGCGGGACCAUUUUGACAUUGUUCCCAACAACCCUGCUGCGGCGUGCACUCCAGUUUCAGUCGCUGCUCAUACCCUGUAUGAGAAGACGCGACCAGACAUUCUCGUGGGUCCCGGCGGCACCUUGGAUCUCAGAGCCACAACCUACGAACAGCUUCCAGACAACAGAACGGUACGUGUCCAAGGAGCGAUAUUCACCCCUACGCCGAAAGGGGAGUACACGAUCAAACUGGAGGGUGCUCGCACCGCGGGCUUCCACAGCACAUUCUUCGGGGGCUUCAGUGACCCUGUCUUGAUUUCCCAGCUGGGAGUCUUUGUCAACAAGAUCAGAGCCCAUGUCUCCUCGGUUUGUAAGUUUGAUUACGAGCUCAAGCUGACUACUUAUGGCAAUGGCGACCAUAUCAGCAUGUUCAAGGGAGCAAAACAUGCCUCUGACCAUAUUCCCCAAUCAGCAGCAAUUGCAGGAGAAGCCAGAGCAGCCACCCAGGAGGAAGCCACACGUGUCAUUAAUGCCGCUAGGGUGGCCUGUAUGCAUACUGCAUAUCCCGGUCAGAUGUCCACAUCAGGGAAUUUCGCCAUGUCCUGUGGAUCGUUUGACGUUCCCAUGGGGAAGGUCUGUGAAUUCUGUAUAUACCAUCUGAUGACGGUAGACGACCCUGUUGCGCACUUUCCUCGGAAAAUGGUCCAAUUGCACGGUUCAGGAACAGCAGUGAGCUCUACACCAGCCAACAUAUUUGCACCUCCCAGUCAAAAGGCAGCUACCAAUUCAACUGAAAUGAAGGCCGAGAACAACAGGUCGAUCCUAUCCCCUCCACCACGAGAUGGCUACCAGUAUUUGGCCGAACUUGCCUCGGUCGUGCGGUCUAAGAAUGCUGGCCCUUAUGAGGUUACAUUCGAUGUAAUGUUCGAUAAACCGGAGAACUAUGCUUGGGUGAAGGAGGCCGGGGUUCUUUCUAGCUCGAGCAUUGCGGCCAUAUAUGGCAUUGAUGAGUCGGAGGUUGUCGCGGCAGUUUGGUGGGACCCUGCCUUUGCCUUUAAAGCCACCCUGAAAAGACCUGUCGUAUCAGGAGGAUUCGGUGAGACAGAUACUCAUGGCAGUUGUCAACAUGUCAGGCUCAUGUAUUUGGAAGUUCCCGAGCCAAAGAUUGGCAACGGGACUUUUUGA